UUGAUAAAUGUCAGUGUAGAAUAAUAAAUAAAUAAAAAAAAUAAUUUUAUCUUCCUGUUUUUAUUUUUAAUUUAAAGAAAAUCAUGAGAGCAGCCAAUCAAGCUGAAAUUCUACGAGCUCAUCAACGAGACGACGAGUUCCUCAAAGAAUUAGACGGAAAAUUACAAAAAUUUCUGAGUAAAAUAAAAAAUAAUAAACUCACACAAUGGCAGAGCGAGAUCGUGCGAUUUGUGUAUUUUAUCUUCACAUCCGGCUCGGAAAACUUGACUUUAGGAGAAGAGUACACGGGAAUAACGCAAGCGAGUAUCAAAAACCGGAAAAUAGUCACCAUACACGCCCGAGUUCUGUGCUUGCUCCUGGAGCUCUUCGGAGAAAGAGAGCUGCUGAAAAUAGUCGACAGAUUAAAGCAAUCAGCGGCUCGCAGCGAUGACUUGAAUCACAAAGAAGCUUGGUUGAAUAUUUUAAACCUAGCUAGACUUUUUAUUCCAGUCGCUGUUGUAUUCCAGAAGUGUAUGUUCUACUUGAUGAAUUCCCGGUUCAGCAUCAGCCGACAAAUCGCCGGGAUUGACUACGCUAAAGUUUUUGGGAUGAGCCCGACGGGAGACGUUAGCUGGGGAUUGAAAUUCCUGGGAAUAAUCACGCUGAUCCAGUGCGUGUUACAGAUCCGGCAAGCUGGCUUUAAUAAGGACAAGGACUAUGAUGACGCUGGUCAAGAUCACGCUGGUCAGCUUGCAAGUAGUAAUGAAAAAGUUGCUAAUUGCCAGCUUUGUUUCGAAGCACAGCCGUCCGCUGUGACUCCGUGUGGUCAUUUGUUUUGUUGGAAUUGUUUGGCAGAAUGGGCUAGGGUCCAAUCACAAUGUCCGUCUUGUCGAGAGUAUUUAAUUUCUUCAAGGAUUGUUCCUUUACUUAAUUUAUGAUUUUUUUUUAAUUGUACUUUCUUUAAUUGAUUAUUAAUUAUUUUUUAAUACUUAAGGAUUUUAUUUUACUGAGAAAAAGAAAAAUCCAAUAACAUUUUGAUUUUCUUACUUAAGAUCAAUUACUUUUAUAUA